AUGUAUCAACAACAACAAUCACGUUCACAUCGACCUCGUACUCAAAGUACUCCUUCCAAUACAAAUAUUCAACCUCAAAAAUCAUCUUCUACUCCUACUUCUCAACAACAACAACAACAUUUAUAUCAACAAAGACAAAGAAAAAACCGUUCUAAUGAUCCUCGUAGACCAAAAUCAAUGAUGAUGAUGCAAACACCACCUUCUUCUCGUCCUAUUCCUAUCACUCCUGUCUCUUCAUCUGAUUCUGUUAGUCAAUCCGUUUCUAUUCGAUCAGAAAUGUCUCUUGGUACCAAAUUAUCUUUAUCCAAACGUUUACGAAAGGUUUUUAGUGUGGGCAAUUUAAGAUCAUCAUCCUCAUCAAAAAGUUUGGGUUCUCUGGGUGGAGCUAGCUCAUCCAAUGUAUCCGUUGCUACUGUUGAUAUGAUUCCUGAAGAAACCAGUGAUUCUCCUAUUACACCUUCUACUCCUCCUCAACGAUCUCUUCGAAGAAGAUCUUUAGCUUCCUUAUCUACUUUAUUCCAAAAAUCAUCUCCAUCACCAUCUUCACCACAACCUUCAACUCGUCGUCCUUCCACUACUACUACAACAACAACAACAACAUCUAAUUCUUCUUCUGACAAGAAAGAUCGUCCUUCUUUACGUGUUGACACUACUCAACCUUCAAUGACAUCAUCAUCAUCAACUCCAACAUCAUCAGCAGCAAGAAAACCUGCCUUUAAAGGACGAUCUCCUGUAAUUGCCCCUGAUUCACCCAAUUCCAGUGUUUCUACACGAUCUCCAGUCACACGAGCACCAACACCUGGACCUCAUCGAUUAGCUUCUGGAUUACCAAGUCCUACACCUUCAGCAACUUCAUCAUCAUCAUCUUCAUCAUCAUCUCAACAAAAACAACGAGUUCCAUCAUUAACUCAUGAUGAUGAUGAUGAUCAUCCUUCUGAUUUGGCAAUGGCACCUCCUCCUGUGAUUGGAUUACAUUAUGGUUUACCGAUGCAUGGAUCACCUAAACUCAAACCUGCAUCUUCAUCAUCCAGUUCGUUGAUUGACCAAGUGACUCCUUUACCUUCCAGUAAGCGUCGGUUACAAUUCUGUCCUACUGUUCAAGUCCAUGAAACUUUUGCUUCUUCUGUAUAUGAUCGUCGAUGUGAUGUCAAUUCCACUUGUCAAAAACUUACCAUGGUUAUGGCUUUACAAAUCAAACAAGAACUAAAUGAAUACAAACUCACUGAAAUGGAUGUCCACGUAGAUAGUCGCAAAUAUACUCAAUUCUUUUUGUAA